GGCAAUAAUACGGUGGUGGAAGCUGGUUUUUCUCCAUUGAGGACGUCAUCUAGUACGGUCGUGGCAGCGUUACAGGUGUCUUGUUUUCUCUGUCUCACCCAUGGGUUAGGUUGACCAUUGAGGAGAUCUGGUCCAAUCAAGCUAUAUCCACGUACCCAGAGGUCAGCAGCCAACACACCAAGCUGCUUCCUAGUAACGGCGCCGCAGCAGAGGAGAGGGCGGUGUCGCUGGAAGGAGGCUGCAUGAUGACUGGCUGGCGAGGGAGGUGGUGGUGGUGGUGGAGGCAGGCUGUAGUGGGGACUGCGGUGCUGCUGCUGCUGCUGCUGCCCGGAUCUCUCACUGAGCAUCCUCCGCAGGAAGAGGAGGAGGAGGGAGGAUUAGGCAGUGGGUUGUCAGGGGCAGUGGUGGAGGUUUCUCUCAAGAGUGACCACGCCCACUUCGAUGCCCACGGCCACGCCCACACCAGGGAAGAUGCUGACACCAGUGUUCUGAAGGUCACCAUGUCGAGAAGGAUCUACAAGUUCAAACUCACGCCCUCCUCCUGGCUGGUCUCCCCCGGCGCCACCAUUAGCCGCGUUGGAGGUCAGAGCUCGGGCGAGGUGCACUCCCGCCUCGAGCACCGCCCCUGCCUCUACCAAGCCCUCGCAGAUCCGCUCAACCUGGACGCCCCGAGUGGCACAGUCUCCAUCUGCCACAAGGACGGGCCGCGCGUGCUCCUGAUGAUAAAAAAAGAGCUGGCUGAAUUAGUGCCCCGUCCCAAGGUGCUGCCGCCGUCCCCACUGUCACCCCCUGGCUCUCCCAACGCUCACAAGAGGGGAGAGGGCGGCUAUACCCAUGUGGUGAAGCGACAUCCUCUCCCAGGGGUGAUGGACCAAGAUUGCCGCAGCUACGACACCUGUGGACGCUCGCCCUUCCCCGUGCCUGAGGAGGUGCCGGAGAUUACCCAGGUGAUGGUUGACCCCACCGAUACAGACUACGUGAAGAGGACAGGAGGUAAACAAGGGCCUGGUGGUGGUGGUGGUGGUGAUAACUCCGUGGCCAACGAGGAUACUUCGCCUCUCACUGUCGAACUCGGCAUCUUCCUCGACCAGGCGCUUAUGGACACCUUCGCCUCCUUCAACACCCCCGAGCAGGAACUUGUUGAUCUCGUCCUGGGCCUCGUUAACAAUGUGCAAGCUCUGUACAGCCACCCGUCGCUCGGUAGGCAGGUAGACUUCACCAUAACGCACAUGAAACUUCUAGCCCAGCAACCCACGGACCUCCCAACACACAGCGGCAACCGAGUCAAUCUUCUGGAGUCCUUCUGCGCCUACAACAAGAAGAACAACGAUCCUGAUGACGCGAGCCCGAACCACUGGGAUAUUGGCGUGUAUCUCUCAGGGUUGAACUUUAUCGUGAAGAAGGCAGACGGAACUGACGACGGGGUGACGAUGGGCUUGGCUUACACUAAUGGGGUGUGCCUGCCUGGUCUGUCUUGUGUCAUUAACGAGCUGGGCACCGUCAACUACCGCGGCCACCCUUACCCUUCCGCUGGCGCCCUCAGCUCCUACGUUCUCGCUCAUGAAUUUGGUCACAGCCUUGGUCUUCGGCAUGACGGGGUGAGCAACUCCUGUAACGCUACUGGCUACAUCAUGGCGGCGGGACGUGGUCUGAAGGGCGCCACCACCUGGUCCACGUGCGCCAGGGAGAAGAUCCGGCAGCAGAAGAACUCGUGUCUGAAGGAGGGUGGGGUGGCUGCUGACGGGGCGGCGAGCCAAUGGAACCACGGGAAGUACUUAGGCCUUCCUGGGCAGAGAUGGGACGCCACGGCACAGUGCAAACUCUUCCUGAAGGACGAUGAUGCGGGAUUGCCUGACCCCAUGAAGAUCACAGAGGUUUGCAACAGCGUCACCUGCGUCUCGCCAUACCGUAUCUCCACGUACCUGGCGGGGCCGGCGUUGGAAGGGACCUACUGUGGCGAAAAGAAGUGGUGUCGCGGCGGGGAGUGCGUGCCAUGGGGGAAGGAGGGACCCAAGGAAGUGGUGGCGGGCGGCUGGGGGGCCUGGGAACACGGGGAGUGUCGCUCAGGCUGCGUGGAGGGAGGCACAGGGUACCAGCUGUCACGGAGGAAGUGCAAUACGCCUGCUCCUGUUAACUCCGUCGCCGGCUGCCUGGGCACGGAGACUAAGCGAUCCCUUUGCAACGACGUCAAGGUGUGUGGCGCGGCAGCGAGGAAGACCGUGAACCAGCUAGCCAGUGAGUUGUGCAAGGUGGUGUCGCAAUACAAGCCCACUAUUGAGGGGGUGGGACGCCAACUCUCCUACAGUGCCGACACCCCGUGGCAGGCCUGUGCGCUCUACUGCCAGAAGAAAAACAGUACGAGUUUCUGGACGCCUCGAUAUGAAUUCAAGGACAUGCCCAACAUCAGCACCCACCUUCCGGACGGCACGCCAUGUCACCUGGGCAAGGAGUACGUGUGCCAGAACCGCGCCUGUCUGCCCAAGAAACCAAUGGGAAGGAGUGUGCUUCUGAUUCCAGAGGACAUAUUAUUGGAGCCUGACAUGCCAUCUGAUUACGGGCCUAUAGAUGUGGACAACCUCUUUGAGUAAUCUACAUGGAUUGUCCCUCAAGCUGCUGCCGUUCUCCGUUUUCUUUGGUCUCUCUCUAGUUCUCGGUCCCUCACAUCACUAUUCCUCUCAAUACGUGCCAUGAGGGAUCAGUGUUGUCCUUUAUUAUUAUUAUUAUUAUUAUUAUUAUUAUUAUUAUUAUUAUUAUUAUUAUUGUCAAUAUUUAUUAUGUUUUGAUAUUCACUCUUCGUUGUUAUUAAGUUUUCGUUACUCUGUUGUGUUUGUUGAUAUAUCUUUUUAUAUUUUCCACCUAAUGUUCCUGCAAUUAACGUUCAAACAGCCUCUCUUUCGUGCUUGACAUCACGUGCCAUGAAUCAUAUAUUAUUUCUGGACCCACCACUUUGUAAACUUUUUAUAAUACCAUGAGAGAAAGAAGAGCUGAGCUACAAUGCUGUAACAACAUCCUCGGCCAUCUCUUCCUGUUCGCUCUUCAAAUAACAUUGUCAUUCACUCGUCCAAUUUAUCAAAAUAUAAUAAUAAAAAAAAAUCAUCUAUGGUUUCAAUUGAUUUCUUUUCGUGGUGGGGAGGGUGAGUGAUGGGAGAGGGUGCUUUGUGUGCUUCUUGUUCUUUGUGUGUUUGUUCUUGCUGCCAGUAUCCAUUAAGAUGAUUGUUUCUUCCUUUGAUAAAUGAAAAGUGUUCAUUCACAAAUGCUCAAAACAAUCAAGAACAUCUAACACGCUUGAUGAGAUAAAAAAAAAAGUGAUAAAAAUGCAUAUCUAAGAAAAUGAGAAUAUGUCUAGAAAUCUUAGCAUAUAUGAGAAUAGAAAGAAAGAUGCAGGAAAAAGAAAUGCAGCAGAAAGCUCGUAAAGAAGUUCCGUUAAAAAGACGAAAUUCCAAAGUAAACAAGCUCUCGUGACGUGAUGUUUGUUUAUCAGUGGCGGCGUGGCGGAGUGGUGGCGCGGCGGUGUAGUGGAGAGGUGGGACGGAAAAUGUGAACAGAAUAUUGAGUGAUUACUUAUUCAAGCGAGUGGAGUGGAGUGGUGGUUGCCUGGUGACGAGAGGACGCCACGCUAAGUAGACCCUGGCACGAGCUGUAUGAACAUUUUACGGAAUGGAAUCAGAGUGGAAGGAAUUUACCAGGAAAGAACAAAUGAUCACACAACGCCGCACACACAUCCUCACCUCCCCACAUCACGGAAAUCAUCUCACUGCACCACGCACCACUCUCCAUCACACCACGGCCUGUUCCCUUCCUGCUUGUAAAGAAGUGCGCACCGCGGGGAACACACCUUCAACACUAUUCUUUAUAUAUUCACCAGUCUGACUUCCUGCUGCCUUAGAGCGGUGUUUCUAUUCAUAAAUCAUGGCAGUGUAUUCAUAGCAUGGUAACUGCGUCGCACAGAUCUUCGCCUCUGAGUGACGCAGAAAUAAAUGUCGCAGGUGAUACUGACGCGAAAAAUAAGGAAUACUGUGUUGAGGGUUGUCACGCAUCACUGGCGCCCGGGCAGGAGAGGCGAGAAGGUCCAAUUUCUUUAUAUUUUUUUAUGUAAGAGCGGAGAAUUGGCCAAGGACAACGAAAACGAUUAAACAUAGAGACCCACUUUGAUGUCAGUCCCCGAACAGACCCGAGAGUUUUUUUUUUUUUUUUUUUUUCAUUACGUCUGUUUCUGAAGGUCACGGGGAUGGUUUGUUGCGUUGUCCAUUGAUGUUUUUGCCAUUUAUUAUGUAGAAUACUUGUUUAUGUAUCACCAAAGUCAUGAAAGCAUCCAUACCUACAAAAUCCAUACCUAUAACUUAGAUUUCCCUUCGAAGCACAUAAAACAGUACGCCUUUUUACUGAAAUAUGUCUGUAGAGGGGAAAUACUCAGAAAAUGUAAGGGUGUCACUUCCACUCCAACCUGUCACCUUAGUGUUGAAACUCCUUCAAAACUGGGACGCAUUUCUAGCUUGAGUUUUGGGCAUGAUUACACGAUUUUUAUUUACAUUAGGAAGGGUCUAUGGAGGUAAAAAAAAAAUAAUAGCCAGA